UCCACCGUCUCUCAAAAUUUUGAAUAACCCGCAUAACACGAAAGCCGACGGCGCGCCAGAAUGUGUCCGUCUGACAGAAUCCUCCGGCCCGCAGCGGCUGCCAGGUCCGAUUUCAGAUCCGCCUUCGACGUGAUCGACGCCGAUCACGAUGGGAAGAUCAGCGGCGAUGAUCUCCGUAUGUUCUACGUCGGCUAUUACGGUGGAGGAUCGGGAGACGUUGAUGACUUGAUCGGGACGAUGAUGAAGGUUGCUGACUCUAAUAAGAACGGAUUCGUCGAGUACGAUGAGUUCGAGAGCGUUUUGAAGGGGCAUAAUGGAAUUAGUUGCGGUGGCGGUGGCGGAUUAAUGGAGGAUAUGUUCAAGGUGAUGGAUAAGGAUGGCGAUGGCCGGUUGAGCCACCAGGAUUUGAAGAGUUACAUGGAGUUGGCUGGUUUUCCGGCUAGUGAUGAAGAUAUCUCGGCUAUGAUCAGAUUGGCUGGCGGUGAUGACAAAGAAGGAGUCUCCCUUGACGGCCUGCUCAAGGUUCUUUCAUUUUCAUCUUUACUCUGAGUUGUCAAUUCUGGAGGAGAAAAAGUAGAGGCUACUUCUCUUCGUUCCAAAA